CCAGGCUCAGGAGGUGCAGGUUCAAAGGGAAGAGCCUGAGCCCAGCCCUGCCUUUGCAGCAGGGUCUGUGGCUCCCAGCUUUGCUUUGCAGGUGUGUGUGUCACAAUGACAGCGAAGAAGAGCCAGACUCUGCAGAACGGCAGUGCCAAGGAGAGCGUCCUGCAGCGGGUCCUGCAGCUGCCGGUGGUCAGCUCGACCUGCGAGAGCCUGCAGCGGACCUACAGCAGCACCAAGGAGGCUCACCCGCUGGUGGCCUCGGUGUGCGAUGUCUACGAGCGGGGCGUGCAGGGCGCCGGCGCCUUGGCCAUGUGGAGCGUGGAGCCUGUGGUGCGCCGGCUGGAGCCGCAGUUUGCUGUGGCUAACGACCUGGCUUGCCGAGGCUUGGACCACCUGGAGGAGAAGAUCCCUGCUCUGCAGUACCCGGUUGACAAACUUGCAUCUGAACUGAAGGGCACCAUCUCUUCCCCCAUCCAAAGUGCCAAAAGCACCAUCGGCAGCUCCAUGGAUAGGAUCAUAGAGCUGGCAGCAGAGGGCUAUGAGGCCACCAAGAGCACAGUGGAAACCACAGCAAAGUACACGAGAAGGAACUCGGUGACCCAGAUGGCAGCUGCAGGAGUGGACACAGCUCUGGGAGGGCUGGAGAAGCUGAUGGAGUAUCUGCUGCCAGAGGAGGAUGAGGAAACAGAUCAGAAGCCCAAAGCAGCACGUGGGGCAGCAGCAAAGGUCUCUCAGCAGCAGCCCCGCGCUGCCAGUGCUCCCACUGCUGCCAGAAGUGCCAGUGCUGCCAGUGCCACCAGCGCCACCAGCGCUGCCAGUGCUCCCAGCACCCUGGGGCGGAUCAGUGCCUUGGUCAGCACUGUCUCCCACCGUGCUUACCAGCAAACCACCCAGAGCCUCCAGCGUGCCAAAGCCAAAGGGCAGCAGCUGGCCACCUGGAUCCCCAUCCUGGGCAGCCUGGCCAAGCCAAGUGUACCUGAGGCACCCCAGGUCCACAGCGAUGGGAAGAGCAGCACGGCUGGCCAGCUGAGCCGGCGGCAGAGCAAGGUGCCGGAGCAGAAGCAGGAGAAGGCAGGGAAGAAAGACAGCAACCACACCAAGGAGGCAGGGGAGGAGCCCGGGCUGGUGGGCAGUGUGGCUCACAACCUGCAAAGUGCCUGCGCCUCCGGCAUCUCCAGCGUGAAGAAGGUCCCAGCCGUGGCCUGGGAUGCAGCAGAGGGCUUGAUCCUCUUCACCCCCCGCAGGCUGUCCAAGGCCAUGGAGACAGUGGAUGCUCUUGGGGGGACCCUUGUCAGUGCCCCCAAGCAUCUGCUGGGCACCCUGUACAGCUUUGUGCCGCUCCGCAGGCAGUCGGUGAAGGACGAGAACGCGGCCGGGGGCAGCAAGCCCGCCCCGGAGAAGGAACAGAAGGAGGAGGACACCAAAUCUGCCGCCCCCUCCACCGAGGAGAAAGCCCAGCUGAGGGGCGACUGGCGGCUGUACCGCGGCCACCACCCCCUCUCGUUCCUGGGGCUGGAGGACCCCCUGUUCCUGCGCCACAACUUCUACCGCAGCUCAGCCUUCGAGCCCGAGUGCGCGGUGCCGCGCAAAGCGCCCUUCACCCCCUACAGCCGCCGGGUCAGCGAGGGCUCCUACCGCUUCGGCCCCGACGCCCUCUACGGCCGCGCCUACUGCGGCAGCCUCUACAGCCCUGCCUUCAAGAAGGACUGAGCGGCAGCGCACCCCAGCCCCUCUCUCGUUCACCCCCGCAUGCUUUGCCGGGCCGCCGCCAGCCGCCCCAGCACACCCCUGUACCAGCACAGGAGCUCAGAGUGGUAGACAAGCCUCGGGAGUGCAUCAGCGCCAGGAGAGGGGAAUAAAGGCAGCUGAAAGGACUGGUGGGGGCAAGAAGGUGGGACCAGAGGGAACCAGAGAGGCAAAGGAGAUGCAGAAAGAGGGCUGAGACCAGGAAAGGGGAAAAGGGACCAGCCAGGCCUGGCACUGGACUCCCUUGGUUCCUUCUGAGCAGAUAGCAUCGGCUGAGGUGGGAUACAUGCUGAGAACAGCAUACAGAGCAGAGAGGACAGCAAAGCCAUGAAACAUCACUACAGCAAUGAUAGUUCCCCAUCCUUCCUCCCUCCAACUCCCUCACAGGACUCAUCCCUGGCCACAGACUGCUCCCCCACGGAGGAGCUGAAGGUCCCCACUGAUCAAAAGGACUUAUGAGUAAGAAAGCCCUGGGCACUGACCCACAUGGUGGCACAAAUGGUGGGGUCAGGGAGAAGACUGGUGAGAACAGAUGGAGCUCCUGGAGCCCUUCUCUCCCACAGGCCUGCCUGGCUUCCUGCAACAUCUCCUAUAGGCUGCAGCAAUAAACCUUCCUGACUCACUGCU